AUGCAUUUUUCGCAGUAGAAUUCUAUAGAGAAUGAUAAUAGAAUUAAAUAACUUUAGAAAAAAAGAAAUGCGAUUGAAAAAUAAACUGAAAUGAGAAAAAAAGAAAUAGAAUAAUAUUCUGACUUAGAUUAUGAGUAUAACAUUUCAUUUUAUUCCAUUAGAAAAAUAUUGAAAGAAAAUGAAAUCCUUAUUUAAGAUAAAUACAAUGUAGAGUAGAGAGCUGCUAAAUUACAAGAAGUAUAUAAUGGACUUAAACUAAGUGUAAUGAAAUAGUAAAUAUAAUUCAAAUUUUCUUAGAGUUGGUAAAAUUCAAGUAUCUGCAGAAGCCUUAUGCAAACAUAAAUAAAAUAUUUAUGAACAUAUGGCAAGACAUAAAUCAAAAGAAGCAGAUUUAUUUUUAUUAGCAACAAAUACUAAGCCUAAAGAUUACUAAUAAAUUUUUGAAGACAAUUUAAAUUAAGGCCCAUUAGUUUAAGAAAAAGAAAAAGAAAUGGAGGCUUUAAAAUUACAAAAUUAAAUUUUAAAAAAUGAAUUAGAAAUUCAUAAAAAUUAAUAAUAAUAUAUGAGAGAAUUCUCUAACAAUCCAAAUAUAGAUUAAGAUAUUAUUAAAAAAAUGGUUAAUGAAAGCUAGUUUAAUAGAAUUAAUACAAGUAAAAAUGAAAGAAGCAAUAGUUAAUUAAGUAUGGAAACUAAAUAAAUUAUGGAUUUUUAUAACGAAAAAUAAUAGAAUUCUUCUAUUUAAAAGGAAUAAUUAUAAUUUAAUUGA